UACUAAAAUCAACUGCACACAGUACUUAACACUCGUACGCACUCACACGUAGUAGAAGUUGGCGAAGCGACUCAUUUUUUCAAAGUUUUCACUCCGACAAGAAAGGGGCGCUUAAAAUGCUGCUAAGCAAGAAUUUGAGAUUUUCAAUAGGCUCGCAUGGUAGGAGAUCGCAUCGUGGGGAAAUGCAGUGGAGAAAAUAAGAGUGAAUUAUCCCAUUGAAAGUAUGCCGUCAAUUACUAGGCUAACACGAAUUAAAUGGACUAAAUCAAAGAUUAUUCUCGGCUUUAUCGCUGUCAGUUUCAUAUCGUUGGUCAUGCUUUUAUUCAUGGUUGAUGUUACCUCCAAAAUUGCAGUCAGUAACGAGGGUCGGAAAAAAUCAGCAUUGUCGAUCUUUACAGAUAGGAAUUAUUCUGUACUCAGGAGUAUAAGUGGUCAAAUAUCAUCCUACCAGAAGAGCUCAUCGCAUCUAAAAAGAACUAUUCCAUUACCUACUUGCAUCCACCCGGUAAUCAUUAGUAAUGCAUCGGCGGCUCGACUCCGGCCGGACGUUUCUUUCGUGACGUUGGACGAGGUGUGCUGGCAGACCUUUGGGGAUAACAUGUCAACCGUGGGUAAGAUGUCCCGACUUAGCAACAAGCUUCUUGGGGAGAUGAACGUGACUGCUGUCUUGGAGGAAAGGAACCAGACAGCUGAUGAGGUGUUUCAUGACCUUGGGCUCAUGAUAGACGUGGAGGGGUACAUCUACCUACCAGGGGGACAUUGGAAGCCAAUCGAUUGUGAUCCCAAAUGGAAAGUUGCCUUUGUGGUUCCAUUUCGAGAUCGAAUCGACCAUCUUGCCAUAUUCCUUCGUCAUAUGAUACCAAUCCUACAGCUGCAGAAACUAGAAUUCUCUAUUUUCAUUGUCGAACAGAAUAACAACAUGAGUUUCAACCGAGCAAUGCUACUCAACGUCGGGUUCUUGGAAGCCUUGAAGCUAACACGAUACGACUGCUAUGUAUUCCACGAUGUCGACCACCUGGCCCUCAACGCCAACAACUACUACGGAUGCGAUUCCAUGCCACGACAUUUCAUCUCUGGCGACGACUACUGGGACUAUCGUAUACUCUACGAUUCCUUGUUCGGCGGAGUCACAGGUCUUACCACAUCACAGAUGCGACACGUGAACGGUUUCUCAAAUAUGUACUGGGGGUGGGGUGCAGAGGACGAUGAUAUCUACAAGAGGGUACUUGCUAAAGGAUAUUUUCGAUCAAGACCGGAGGGGCCGGUCGGUUACUACAAUACUAUACACCAUGAUCACACUAUAACGUCAGCAUCACCUGAACUGUUAUGCCUUCUAGAGCACAGCUUCGAACGUACUGAAGAUGAUGGUCUGAAUAGCAUAACAUACCAAGAGCCCGACAUCGAAUUGACUCCUCUAUUUACUAAGAUAUCAGUUGAUAUCCGGAAACAGGCCUGGAAAGAAAGGUGGACCAAGUGCGACCCCUUGCCGUUCGCCACUCAAAAUCAUGAAAAUGACGGUAACGAGCAGAACGGCAAUGAAAUGGUUUGAUUGUGACCGGAAGACAUGGGGAGCAUUUUCAUCAACAUUUUACGUCCGACAAGUUGUCAGAUCUGAUAGCUUUCCUUGAUUUUGAUUGGAUGAGAAGCCCACUUCCUAUGGUAACUGUCGGGUAAAACAAGACUUGUCGGAUGAAACGUCAUGAACGUUCUCUAGGAUAGACUAAGAGACGGCGUAAAAAGGGAAUUUUACACAAAAGCAGAAGGUGGAAGAAAAAAGUAGGAGAUGAUUGUGUUGUCAAUUUUCUAUUACAGACGGAAGUACUGUUAAUUGCAUAAGUAGGGGAAGGCGGGGUAAGAUUAGCCCUUUUUUUCUUUUUGCAUGUUAGGACUGAUACAAUUAAUAAUCUUGAAGAAAUAAGUACCUUGCAAAAAAAGAAAAUUUUAUUCUAGGGAAUCAUUUUUACCUACAUGAAAAUUUAUACCCCAACACUGAAAGGCAAUGUCACCUUUGAAACAGAAGAUGUCAAAUGGCUCAACUUGCCCCAUCCAUGAGGUAAAUUGAGCCACCUUCUGGGGUAAGUUGAGCCACAAAUUAG